GUCCCACGGUCAGUUUCAAUUAUACUUUCGUACCGUGAAGUUGUUAGUACAGUGGUUGUACACAGAAAUUAAUAAUGUUUUUAUCACGGUUUUUAUCAACAAUAUUACUUGUGCUCCCGCACUUCGGUUUGCUGAGAUGUGAUUCUACUCAGUACGAGGAUAAGUUCUUGUAUUUCGCGUAUGGAAGCAACUUAUUGGCGAAAAGAAUUCAUAUAAAUAAUCCGACAGCGAUAUUUUAUAGCACUGCCAAAUUGCAGGAUUACCGGUUAGAUUUCAACAUGUACACAGAGCUUUGGAAUGGUAACGCGGCAACAAUUGUUGAAGACCCUGGAGAGUAUGUGUGGGGCGAUCUCUGGCUUAUAAACAACAGCGAUUUGAAGAGCCUUGACGAGCAAGAGCUAGUUGGUUCCGGAGGCUAUUUUGCGAGGAAUGUCACUGUGACAACUCCAGGUGGAAAACAACUACAAGCUAGAACAUACCAAGAGACUGUAGAUCCUCCUAAGUUGAAAGAGGGUGAAUUAUUGCCGGAGGACAGACGACCUUCUAACACCUAUUUAGGGGUCAUCAUUCUUGGCGCUUUUGAAUCAAACCUCCCAUCGGAAUACAUUGGAAAGCUAUUCAAUUUCGUAACUAACGGUAAUACAGCUUCAAAGCCGAUAUUGGAGCAACUUGGCUACCCUUUUAAUGUUAAACACCUACAAUACAAGAUUAAAACAUCUAAAUUUAUACCUGUACAACAAGCUCUAAUUGCAUCACUCAAUUCCACCAUUACUGAAUUAGAAAAUAUUUGGAAUACUGUGGAUAAUUGGGUUGAUAAUGAAUCUCUGUUUCCUGAUAAAAAUGGAGAUCCUGGAAGAAUACUUCAUGCAAUAAAAUCUUCACCGAUAGCACUAGUAGAUAAUGCACCAAAGGGGACACAAUUGAAACUGUUACUUAUUUUAGAGAGUAAACAAAAGGUUUUGUUUAAACCAAAAAGGUAUAAUUUGACUGAAGUUAUCAAAGGACCAGUAUAUGCAGGCUUUGAUAGGUAUAACUCAGAAGUAUUUGCAUAUUACCUUGGGAUGGUACUCAAUAUGCGAUGGAUAGCACCUGCUGUAACUAUGAGGAUAAAUGUCGAAAAUGAUAUUCUCCCUGUUGCGACACUCGGUUUGAAGAACACAAUGGUGAAAAAUGGUAAAGAAGAAUGGAAAUUGUCUCAUACAUUAAGCCUGCAACGAAUUCUAAAUUUGAUUGACGUUGCCAUAUUUGAUUUCUUAAUACAAAACGGCGACAGACAUCAUUAUGAAGUCUAUAAAAACAGAAUAGUUAUACUGGACAAUGGCAAAGGUUUAGGAAAUCCAAUGGUUGAUAUUUUGGAUGUCUUGGCUCCACUCUAUCAAUGUUGCAUAAUUAAUCUACAGACGUGGCAGAACUUACAACUGCUGUCAGGUGGAAGCCUCACUGAGACAAUCAAAAUUCUUUCUUCAUUCCAAGGAGAAAAACUUGCCACAGAAGAACACUUUGAAGCAAUUGAACGAAGACUACUUAAGGUGUACGCGACUGUACAAUAUUGUAUUGAAAAAUACGGCACUGAAAAAGUUUUUAAACAUAAUAUUGAAUUAAUGUUGAAUUCAUUUUCACGUAAGAUGAUGGAUCCGAUCAAAGAUACCUUUUUGUAUUUUGCGUAUGGGAGUAAUUUGUUUAAAAAACGUAUCCGUAUCAACAAUCCAACAGCUGAGUUUUUAGGAGUUGGCAGACUUGAUAAUCAUCAAUUAGAUUUUAUAAAAUAUUCUGAACAUUGGAGAGGCGCAUCAGCAACUAUUAUACCCACUGAACAUGCCCAUGUUUGGGGAGCAAUAUGGAGACUACAUGAUCAAGAUUUACCAUCAUUAGACAGACAAGAAGGUGUUGAUACAAACUGGUAUUUUGCUAAAUCUGUAAAUGUUAUGACUUCUGAUGGUGUUUCAGUUCAAUGUCGAACAUAUCAACAAACUAUUAAUCCACCUUUACGGAAAAAUGGUGAAGAAUUACCUCUCGAAAGAAGGCCUUGCAUUACUUAUUUAGAUUGUAUUAUUAAGGGAGCUGUUGAGUGUGAAUUACCUGAAUAUUAUAUUGAAGAGCUUAAAAAAAUACCCCACAAUGGACAAAUAGCUUCAGCUAAAAUGUUAGAGAAAUUAAAUUCACAGUAAUUUUUUUUACAAAAUAAUCUAAAUCUUAAUAAUGAAUUGACUGAUUACAAAAUUUUAUUGUAACUGUUAAACAUUAAAUAAAUUGUAUAUUUUCAA